CCACAGCUCACGGCAACGCCGGAUCGUUAACCCACUGAGCAAGGGCAGGAACCGAACCCGCAACCUCAUGGUUCCUAGUCGGAUUCGUUAACCACUGCGCCACGAUGGGAACUCCGGGAGACGUUUUUUUUAUAGGCAGAAUUUGGGGCGAAGGGCUGCAGGGUGUGUGAUUGGUUGGUGGGGGGGAACAGGGCGUUGCUCCACGAAUCAGGCGCUUAGUGGGAAGUUGCCAUCCUCCGCCUGGGUGGGGGCUUGAGUUCCAGCAGAAGAACUCAGAUAUUGUCAUGUAUAUUUCCUGAGAAGGCACCAGAACCCUGCCCCAAGGCUCUGAGACUAUUUCUUAACUGCCCCCCCCGCCUUUGUUUCUACGUUCCCUCCCUUCCCUGAUGAGCAGCUGUGUGCAUCUGCCCUUUGGAACUCAGGGGAGGUCAAGGGGGUUGGAUGAAGCCUUUUUCCUUCUAGGAAAAAACGGGGAACACGGAAAGGAUUUCUACCAGGAUCCCACUGAGUCCUGCUCCGUGUCCAUCCUAUGACAGGCACCAUGGCGGACGCUAGAGGUGGAAGGAGAGGGGCUGUCACCUCAUCUCUAAGCCACAAGACCAGGAGCCCUGCAAUUUCAGAUCCCCUAGGACUGGAACUCCCGUAAGCUCCGGCUUUAGAAAAGAGUAGGGCGGGGCUCAGAAGCAUCACAAAAGAGCCCGAUGGGUGAGGUUUUGUUUUCUCUCUUGUCACCUCCAUCACUUUUCUCAUCCAAAGGGCGUAUUUGAGAAGGGAGGCUACCGGUGCCCUGUGGAGUGUUCUGGAAGAGUCGGGGGACCAGGCUGUGGCUCUUUGCCGGGAGCAACCAGCCGGGGUUGGGGGGGCGGGGAGCACCGCCGCCUGUCGGAUGACUAGCCGGAAAUGGCACGCCUGCCAGAACACAUCAUUUCAACUUUGCUUUACUGUACUUAUUCCCUGAAUGACAGUAACAAGGGGGGGGGGGGUGGCGGGGAACCUUGGGAAAUGAGAGAAAAGGGAUCGGAGAAACUAAAUCUGCGAGGGAAAAAGGAAUUACCAGAGUUUUAGUGGAACAGCCAGCCCCUGCGAGCUGGAGCUGGAGGGAGGGAAAAGGCUGGGCUUAAGCAACCUGCUAUUGGGAUUUAGACAAAGGCAGUUUGAGAGGCAGAGGACGACGAGGCGGGAUCAGUUGCUAAUAUCAACAUGGGGAGAAAGCCAGCUGCUGGACUCCGGGGGAUGACACCGAAUCCGUUCACCGCGUUUCCUUCAGCGCAGGAAUUGCUGGAGUAUGUACCAAAAUAAGCACUCAGAGAAAAAAGUAAGUUUGGGAAAGGACUUGCAGAUUCUGACAGUCUUUGAAAUCUUACUCCUCUUGGAGGCAUGACUUCAUUGAUGCGUUUCCUCUUUAUAGCUUCUGUCUCUUGUGUAAUCAUUUUUAUCGUGUUCUGUGCGUUCCAUUUUGGGGGAGAGCAAAGCUUCCAGAGGCUAAAUAACUCAGACCCUCUGAUGCUGAGUCAAGUUUGCACAUCCUCCAUCAGAGGCACAACACCUUUCCUCUGGAGAGACAGACUAACGAUCUAUGAGAAGUCUUCUUGCAAGGAAUACCUGACCCAAAGCCACUAUAUCACGGUGCCUUUAUCUAAAGAAGAAGCUGACUUCCCCUUGGCCUACAUCAUGGUCAUUCAUCACAAUUUCGAUACCUUCGCAAGGCUCUUCAGAGCUGUGUACAUGCCUCAGAACAUCUACUGUGUCCAUGUGGAUGAGAAAGCCACCACUGAAUUCAAAGAUGCAGUGGAUCACCUCCUGAGCUGCUUCCCGAAUGCCUUCCUGGCUUCCAAGACGGAGCCCGUGGUCUAUGGUGGGAUUUCCAGGCUCCAGGCGGACCUCAACUGCAUCGAGGACCUGGCGGCCUCGGCGGUCCCGUGGAAAUACGCCAUCAACACCUGCGGGCAGGACUUCCCCCUGAAAACCAACAGGGAGAUCGUUCAGUAUCUGAAAGGGCUUAAAGGGAAAAACAUCACCCCGGGGGUGCUGCCCCCCGCUCACGCCAUUGGACGGACUAGAUACGUCCACCGGGAGCACCUGGGCAAAGAGCUUUCCUAUGUGGUAAGAACCACGGCGCUGAAACCGCCUCCUCCGCACAAUCUCACCAUUUACUUUGGCUCUGCCUAUGUUGCUCUGUCGAGAGAGUUCGCCACCUUUGUUCUCCAGGACCCUCGGGCUGUGGACUUGCUCCACUGGUCCAAAGACACCUUUAGUCCGGAUGAGCAUUUCUGGGUGACCCUCAAUAGGAUUCCAGGUAUGUGAUUUCCCAUUUCACGUGAGGAUGAAGUGCAAGGGCUUUUCAAGAGAGCGCUCCUCUUUACUAGAAGGAGAAGACGCAAACUGAAAUAGAGUUUGCACCCCAAUCCUUUCUGAAUUUUCAGCGUCUGAAGAAUCGUGCUUCCUUGGGUGAUAAGGCGAUAUUCUAAAAGAGUCAGUGGAUACCUUUUAGCGGUGUUGCAUUGCAGCUCAUCGUGCUCUUUGGCAUUCAUCAUCUUAGGAAAUCAGUUUGAUAAUUAAAUAUGAAUAAAUAAUUCUGAUUUCCCGCAAUCGGUAUUAGCGUUCUCCCUUCCCCCGGGAGGGCUUUAUCUCCCCCGGAUUCAUCAGACCUGCUGUAACUGCAGGGCCCUUGGCUUGGCCCCUCCCCCAGACCAUCACAAAGUCCUCUUUUCAGCCCAACGCCAUCAACCUGGAGAAGCUGAGGUGACCACCCCACCCUUUUCUUUCAAAGAGUUUCUGUCCUCUCCUAGAAAUAUCCUACUUGCUUAUUUACAUGGACCUGUUCUUGGCCCUCUGUGCUUGAGCUCCAUGAAGUUGAGUCAACGCCUAUCUUGCUAACCGCUGUAUCCUCCAUGCAUAGAACAUAGAGUAAAUGCUCAAUAAAUAUGCAUUCGAUGAAUGAAUGAAUGAGUGGGUGAAUGAAUGAAUGCAUUGCAAAGCCCGAGGCUCUACUAUGGCACCACAGCUGUUUCCCUAAGAUCCAGUGAGUGGGGAGAUAUUUGGACUCGUGCAUGUACUGUACCAUCGGUGGAGAGGGUUCUUAAAAAAAAAAAUCCAUGUUUUUGUUUAACUUCGGAUAAAUCAUGAGAUGCCAGGAGAAGCUCCUUGCUUUCUCCUCGAAACAGUUCUACCUUUACUCAUGGCCCGGCCCAGGUCUUUUUAAAACGAUAUAAAAGCACGAUAGGCUCUCUUGCGAAGGAAACAGCAUGCUUUGGACUCAAUGGAAAACACAAACUGGAUCACCAAUGAACUUGACACAGCAUCAUUACAGCAGGAGAAAAGCAAUCAUUGUACUGGGUUUUGGGGGGCUGCCAAGUUGGAAACAGUGGUAGGUGCUCUCAGGCUGCAGGGCAGGGCCUGCUGGGCGAUAAACAUGCCAGCAUUCUCUAGAAACGCCCGUGUUUGGUCUCUGAGUCCCAGGGUGACUGGCCUGGUGACCAGGGCUUGCUUGGCAUCUGUGCGUUCCCGCUCUCCUGACCCCGUCUUCCUGGGCACACUGUCCUUUCUCCGCUUAUCGGUUGUUUCCAUCGUUGGCCCCCAGUGAGGGAGCCUACGGUACUUAGAGGCUGCUUUUCAUAUUUAAAUAUUUAUUCUCUUUCUGUUUUCACUAUUCCCUCAAGAUUGGACAAGGUUCGGUACCAGCCGAGCAGCUCCGUAGGCAGCGUACAGAGAUGAAGGCAUUUUGUAACUUACCAAAAAACCUGACAGGUGGUUUCUCAACAAAAACAUGGGUUUGGGUUCGUGUUAAAUGGCUCUGGUUGCCUUGCAGAAGCAUGGUCAGUCAAUGUCAAGUUAAUUUAAGGCAAUCAAGGCCUUCUCUCGUGGUGCCGCGGGCGAAGGAUCGGGUGUUGUCACUGCAGCAGCUCGCAUCAGUUCGAUCCCUGGCCCUGGAACUUCUGCAUACCUCCAAUUUGGCCAAAAAAAAAAAGAAAAAGGAAAAUCAAUGAAAAAAUAAUCUUUUACCUCCCACCUCCUCUUUUUCCCCUUAGCCCUUCUCCUUUCCAGACCUAGUGAAAUAAACAUGGUGGGACAUCAAGAAUGAUAGAUCUUUUUUUUUUUUUUUAUUUUUUUGCUUUUUAGGACCUCAGAGUUUGGUCUGCGGUGAUCACUCUCUCUCUGUCUCUGUGUUGGCUUUACUGGGGCCGGUCCUGAAUAAAGACCAGCCCUACACGGUGUCAGAGGAGGGAGAGGUACUUGCUGCUCUCAGCAGACACUUCUGGGAGAAAAGAAAGGGGUUUUCGCUCAUCGUUCCGGCAGCAGCUCAGGGAGUCCUCGGAUUGGUCGGCUUGGUCCAAAGCCUUGUCCCUAAACAAAUCAGGGUCAUGAAGAAAGCUGACAAGCCUCUCCUGGGACGCUACUUCACCCUAAAGCUAGGGCAAGCUACAGUGACCUUGACUCCUCACAGUGAUGCUGGGCAGACAGAAGCACAGGCCCAAUGCACGGUGGUUCCUGGUCCUGCAGGCAGGGGGCGGUCAAGGAGCAUCUCCACGGUGAUUAGAGGGAUGAGAUUUAAUGAAAUAUGUAGCUUUCAGCACUUGGGCAAUUGUAAUUUGGAGAAUAUUAAUCAAAUUACUCUUGUGGAUGGGAGUUUCCAUUGUGCCUCGGCGGUAAUGAACCCGGCUAGUAUCCAUGAAGACUCGGGUUCGAUCCCUGGCCUCGCUCAGUGGGUUAAGGAUCCGGCGUU